UGCGUGAGCCGCCGAGAGCCACCGGGUGGCCGGGCCGGAGGAUGGAGGGGCAGCGGGCGCUCGCGGCCGCCAAGGAUGGGGACCUGGCCACCCUGAAGCGGCUGCUGGAGGCCGGUGCCCUGGGCCCGGGCAUCGUGGACGCCCUGGGGGCCGGCCUGGUGCACCACGCCGCCCGGGCCGGCCGCCUGGCCUGCGUCAAGUUCCUGGUGCGGCAGGCCGAGCUGCCCGGCAGCCAGCGGGCCCACAACGGGGCCACGCCGGUGCACGACGCCGCGGCCACGGGCAGCCUGGCCGAGCUGCGCUGGCUGGUGCGCGACGGAGGCUGCGGCCUGCAGGACCAAGACGACUCGGGGGUGUCCCCGCUGCACCUGGCCGCCCGCUUCGCACACCCCGUGCUGGUGCAGUGGCUGCUCCGAGAGGGCCACGCGGCCACGCUGGAGACUCUGGAGGGGGCCUUGCCGCUGCACCACGCGGCCGUCAGUGGGGACCUGACCUGCCUGAAGCUCCUGGCGGCCGCCCACGGCAGCGGCGUGAACCAGCAGACACGCAGUGGUGCCUCCCCGCUCUACCUGGCCUGCCAGGAGGGCCACCUGCACCUGGCCCAGUUCCUGGUGAAGGACUGCGAAGCCGACGUGCACCUGCGUGCCCUCGACGGCAUGAGCGUGCUGCACGCUGCUGCUGCCCGUGGCCACUACUCGCUUGUCGUCUGGCUGGUCACGUUCACCGACAUUGGCCUGGCGGCACGGGAUAACGAGGGGGCCACGGCCCUCCACUUUGCAGCUCGAGGCGGCCACACACCCAUUCUAGACCGGCUCCUGCUGAUGGGUGCCCCCGUCAUGACAGACUCCUGGGGUGGGACCCCUCUCCACGAUGCAGCAGAGAACGGGCAGUGGGGGGGAGGGGGGGGGCCCAGCGGUCGCUCGUGUGCCCCCUCCCUGCAGUGCUGCCAGACGCUGGUCUCCCACCACGUGGACCCCUCCCUGCGGGACAAAGAUGGGUGCACGGCAGCCGACCUGGCCGACUACCACGGACACGGGGACUGCGCCCGCUUCCUGCAGGAGGCCGCCCGGCCGGUGCCCCUCCUGAUGACGCCGCCGCCACCACCGUUUCCGCCUCCUCCACUGUCAGCUGCCAGGCGCGCCCCGGAGGAUGGAAUGAGGGGCUCGGGGCCUGGACGUCCUGCCUUAGAGUCUCCCAGCCCAGCCUGGCCUGACCAGCAAGACCCACCUCUGCCGAGGGAGCAGAUAACCUGCGCGGCGCCCCCAAGGGUCACCACCGACGCCACCGCCGUCCCCGCGGGAGAGGAGAUGGCGGCGGGGGACGCCCCAGACUGCCUGGCCACGCUGCACCUGGACAGGCUGCCCUCGGGCGACCUCGAUUGGCUGGUGCCCACGCAGGACGAGCGCGGCCGACCCAUCCCAGAGUGGAAGCGGCAGGUGAUGGUGCGGAAGCUGCAAGCCCGCCUGGGCGCAGACCCCGAAUCCCAGGCCCAGGGCGACAGCGGGAGCGAGGGCCCCGCGGAGCCGGCGGCCUGGCGGUACUCGCAGACGCACCAGGCCAUCCUGGGCCCCUUUGGGGAGCUGCUGACGGAGGACGACCUGGUCUACCUGGAGAAGCAGAUCGCCGACCUGCAGCUGCGCCGCCGCUGCCAGGAGUACGAGAGCGAGCUGGGCCGCCUGGCGGCCGAGCUGCAGGCCUUGCUGCCCGCGCCCCUGGUCAGCAUCACCGUCCACAGCCGCUUCCUGCCCCGGGCGCCCGGCCCCGAGGGUGAGGAGGCUCCCGCCCCCGCGGCGGAGCCCAAGGGCCCCUCGGGGGCCUCGGAGGCGGGGCGCGGCGAGCAGCCCCUGCCCUUCUGGUGCAGCCACGUCGCCCGGCUGGUGCGCAGCAUGUCCCUGCUGCUGAAGGGCAUGAACGGGCUGGUGCAGGGCGAGGGGAGGCCCCCGCGGGAGACCCACGCGGAGGCCCCCGCCGGCCCCCCCAGAAGCGAGGCGCAGCGCGAGAUCCAGCAGUGCGGCGUGUCCGUGCGAUCGCUGCGCGGCAACUUCGAGUCCGCUCCGGGCCCGUCCUGCGCCCCAAACCCGGGCCCCUGGGAGCCGGGGGCCCCGGCCGGGCGGUGCCCGAGAGGCUGCUGGCCCGCAGCCCCGCAGCCCCACAGCAGCCCCGCGGGAGGGGCGCCCGCGCCGGGGGACGCGGAGGAGGCCAGCGACUCGGGCAUCGGCCGCGAGGAGGCCCCGUCGGAGGCGGGGGCCGCGCCCGGCGCCCACCUGGCCAGCCUUCGCAAGGAGCGCAUCGUGACGCUCUUCCUGAGCCACUGGAAGAAGUCGGCCUACGCGCCGGCCCUCAAGGCCGCGGCCUGCGGGACCCUGGAGGCCCGCCGCGCCGCGGCGCCGCCCGCUCGGGAGGCGGCGGGGGGCCCUGGGCUGCCGCCCCCGCCGCCCCCGCCGCCCAGCGAGGGCCCCCGGCUCGGCCACCUGUGGCAGCAGCGCCACGUCAUCGCCCACCUGCUGGGCAACUGGAAGGCCAUCAUGGCACACGUGCCGGCCCGGCAGCUGCGGCGGCUGAGCCGGCGGCCCCGUGGGCCGCUGUCCCCCGAGCAGUUCCUGCCCCACGUGGACGGGGCGCCCGUGCCCUACGGCGGCCUCACGCUGGACCUCUUCAUGCUGGGCUACUUCCGGCUCCUGGAGUGCGAGCUGCCGGCCGAGGAGCGCAAGAUGCGCCACCUGCUGUGUUUCGAGGUCUUCGAGCACCUGGGCGCCCACGGCUGGGACGCGGUGCGCGCCUUCCACAAGGCCGUGACGGACGAGGUGGCCGCCGGCCGCCGCGCCUGGACCGACGGCUUCGAGGACAUCAAAGCCCGCUUCUUCGGCUCCAGCCGAGGUCCCGCCUGGGACGCGGAGCCCGGCCGCAAGUCGGGGCUGACGCCCCUGGGGCCCCUGCCCCCCGCCGCCGCGCCCAGCAGCAGCAGCGCCGAGCCCCCCGCGCAGAGGCCGGGGUCCGGCUGCCAGCGGGGCAGCUUCAACAGCGAGGACAUCUGUGGCUACAUCGACCGCAGUUUCGCCUUCUGGAAGGAGAAAGAAGCCGAGAUGUUCAGCUUUGGAGAGUGAGACCGGCCGGCAGCCUGCCUCUGGGAGUGGGGCGUGGGAAGGGGUUCUGGCUCUCCCUGCUCGUUCCUUUGCCCCCCACCUGGUGGCCGGG